CCCCCUGUCCAGUCGGAGGAGCAGCAGAUGGGAAUCCUGUCGCUCAUCACCGGCAAGCCGGGCGCCAGCGGGUUCGGCUCCGCAUCCACCGCCGAGCAGGUCACCGCCGGCGUCGACGCAUCCGCGCUCACCGUCCUCGUCACCGGAGGAUCUAGUGGCAUUGGUCUAGAGACCUCGAGAGUCUUUGCCCUGAGAGGAGCCCAUGUCAUCAUCGCCGCAAGGAACACAGAGGCUGCAUCAGAGGCAAGAAAGCGCAUCACAGAGAAAAACCCAACAGCCCGUGUCGAUGUUCUCAAGCUUGACCUUAGCUCCCUCAAGUCUGUCAGGGCCUUUGCGGACCAGUUCAACUCGAUGAAUCUUCCUCUCAACAUCUUGAUAAACAAUGCAGGUGUCAUGUUCUGUCCUUUCCAACUGUCUGAAGAUGAGGUUGAGAUGCAGUUUGCCACCAAUCAUCUCGGUCACUUUCUGCUGACCAACCUCCUCCUUGAUAACAUGAAAACAACUGCUAAAUCUACGGGUAUUGAGGGUCGCAUUGUGAACUUGGCCUCAGUCGCCCACCUUCAUACAUAUCCAAAGGGGAUUCAGUUUGAUCAACUCAAUGACAAGAAAAUAUACAAUGACAAAAUGGCCUAUGGACAAUCUAAGCUUGCAAACAUACUGCAUGCGAAAGAGCUCUCUAGACGACUCAAGGAGGAAGGAGCUAACAUCACAGUUAACUGCGUUCAUCCUGGAUUGAUCAUGACCAAUUUGAUGAGGCACUCCUUUGCUCUCAUGAAGGCAAUCCAAGUAGUCACCUACAUGUUUUGGAAGAAUGUGCCCCAGGGAGCAGCAACUACUUGCUAUGUAGGGCUGAGCCCUCAGCUGAAGGGAGUGACAGGCAAAUACUUUGCUGACUGCAAUGAGGAGAAGACGAGCAAACUGGCCAAGAGCGACGCCCUGGCACAACAACUCUGGGAAGUCAGCGAAGAGCUUGUCAGAUCUGCCCAAUGAGAGCUCGAAGCAGGCUCGGAAAAGGUGUAUUUUUCCGGAUACCGUCGAGUUUGUGGUACAGAUGAUUGGUUUGGUUAGUAUGUAGCAGCAGCAGUAGCAGCAAGUAGGAUGAACCUGUCACUUGGUGAACCAAUAUUAGUAGUUCACGAAUAAAUUUGCGUGCUUUAUUUGCGUCGAGGCUAAGAUCAGCCUGUGUUCUUGUUAAUAUUUAUCCUAUAUGUUUAUUAAUUGUUUCGGAUCAGAUUAUUGGAACUAUUUCCAGAUUCCA